CUGUCAUGUUCAUCUUUCAUUAUAUGUCGUGUUUGCCAAUCUAACCAAGAAAAUUUUGGAAAAAUCAAUAAUAUUUGAAGUGAAAGCCUCAAAGCGAUAAUUUUUCUUCUCUUUCCCAAUAUACCGACGCUUUUUGUUUAAAAACGGAAAAUGGGGAAGACUUCUAAAGACAAAAGAGAUAUCUAUUACAGGCUAGCAAAGGAAGAAGGAUGGAGAGCUAGAAGUGCAUUUAAAUUGUUACAAAUUAAUGAAGAAUAUAAUAUAUUCAAAGAUGUAUUACGCGCGGUUGAUCUUUGUGCUGCUCCUGGUAGUUGGAGUCAAGUUUUAACAAAAAAAUUAAAGGAAAAUGCGUCAAAUGUUGACGACGUUAAAAUUGUUGCGGUUGAUUUGCAAGCUAUGGCAGCUCUUCCAGGUGUAAAGCAAAUUCAAGGUGACAUUACUAAAGUGAGCACGGCACGUGAAAUCAUCAAGGAAUUUAAAGGCUUGAAGGCUGAUUUAGUUGUUUGUGACGGUGCACCUGAUGUGACUGGCUUACAUGAUAUUGAUGAGUAUGUCCAGUCGCAGCUUCUUUUAGCUGCAUUGAAUAUUACUACACAUGUAUUAAAAAAUGGAGGUGUGUUUGUUGCAAAAAUAUUCAGGGGGAAAGAUGUCACACUUCUUUAUUCUCAAUUGAAGCAGUUUUUUGAAUUGGUGACUGUAUCAAAGCCGAGGAGUUCCAGAAAUUCUAGUAUAGAAGCUUUUGUUAUCUGCCAGAACUAUACUCCACCAGAAGAUUUUGUACCGACAAUGAUAAACCCUCUUUUAGAUCACCAGUAUUGUCACUUUAAUCAGCUGAUUGGUCCUAACAGAUUUAUCGUGCCCUUUAAUGUUUGCGGAGAUCUAAGCGCUUAUGACUCAGAUACUUCAUAUUCCUUGUUAUUAGAAGGACAAUCAGAAUAUGAAUACAAAGAUCCUGUACAAGGUCCAAUUAACCCUCCUUAUAAAGAUGUUCUUGAAAAAACUAAAAAUUUACAAUUAUAAAAUUUAUAGCUUUUA